AUGUCCCUCACCGGCCGUAAACCUACAAUAACUCUCCCCUGGAUAUACGAAGACGCACAUCCACCCGUUCCAUUAACGCGCAAACUCACCCAAUCUCUCUUCUUCGCUGUGCUUUUUGUUGUCCUCGCCACCUCAGUCUUUGUAAACGUAUCAUAUUUCUCCUCCUGCAACGCAGACAAAUCAGACGCAAGUAUCAUAGAAACAUCGUUAGCGGAUGACUUGCUUCCACCUCCACCACAUCCCGAACUAAAGGAUCUUAUCCUUGUUGCAGGGCAUGCAAUUUAUAUUGGGGAUAAUUUUGAGGACAUAGAAGACGACGAAAACUGGGUUUUAGAGAAGUUUCAAAGAGAUGGCCAGGUUAAGACUUUUCUGAAGCAUAUACAGAGAGGAGUCGAACUUGCUCAGCAAAACGAGGAAUCAUUAUUAAUAUUUAGUGGCGGCCAGACUAGACCAGCAGCGGGUGCUCGAAGCGAAGCGCAGAGUUAUUGGGUAAUGUCGAACAAAUUCAACCACGACCAUUUUCUUCCAUUCCAAUGUGUUGUUUCGUUCGAUUCUCUGCUUACCGGACGCGCGUUCGUACAUUCAAAACAGCUUUUAGCACAAACUCUAAGUUUUUUCUCUAAUCUGGGAAUUUCGCCCUUGGACAAUUUCCCUCGUGCUACAACGGAAGAAUACGCCCGCGAUUCAUAUGAAAAUUUGUUAUUUUCUCUUUGUCGUUUUUACGAGUUCACUGGACAUUAUCCGCGAAACGUUACUGUUGUAGGUUUUGAGUUUAAGAAGAAAAGAUUUAUAGAACUACAUAGAGCAGCAGUAAAGUUUCCUGAGGAAAGAUUUUCAUAUGUUGGAAUUGAUCCAGAUAGAAUUAUUCAAGGGAAGCAGCCCAAGAAAAUUGACGUUUUCGAAUCAUUUAAAAAUGAUUUGUAUGGUUGUUCAGGAAAGCUACGCGAAAAAAAACUUGCGCGCAAUCCAUUUCGACGAAGUCAUCCGUAUAGACAAAGCUGCCCGUCUAUAGCUGCUUUAUUUAACUAUUGUCCAAAGAAAAAAGCAUCAGUUUAUCCGGAUAACGUGCCUUGGGAAUGA